AUGGUUAUGAAACCAGAAGUGGAGCAAGAACUGGCUCACGUCCUUUUGACGGAGCUUUUGGCGUACCAAUUCGCGUCUCCAGUGAGAUGGAUUGAGACACAAGACGUAUUUUUGAAGGACCUAAACACUGAAAGAGUUGUUGAAAUUGGCCCAUCGCCCACUUUGGCCGGUAUGGCGCAGAGAACCAUCAAGAACAAGUACGAGUCGUACGAUGCGGCGCUCUCGCUCCAGAGACAGGUGCUCUGCUACUCGAAAGACGCCAGAGAGAUCUACUACACACCAGACCCAGCCGAAUUGGCUGCUAAGGAAGAAGCAGCGGCCGAGACUGCCGCUGCAGCUCCAGCUGCAGCUGCCCCCGUUACUGGGGCUGCUCCGGUCGCGACUCCAGCUGCUGCUGCCCCAGCUGCCGCUGCCGCACCAACGGGCCCCGUCGCGGAGAUCGCUGACGAGCCAGUCAAGGCGUCAUUGCUGUUGCACGUGUUGGUUGCAAACAAGUUGAAGAAGUCGCUUGACCAAGUGCCAAUGGGUAAGACCGUCAAGGAUCUCGUUGGGGGUAAGUCGACCGUGCAAAACGAAAUUCUAGGUGACUUGGGCAAAGAAUUCGGGUCUACGCCCGAAAAGCCUGAGGAGACUCCACUUGAAGAACUCGCAGAGACCUUCCAGGAUUCGUUCUCCGGCUCUCUCGGCAAGCAGUCUACUUCUUUGAUCUCCAGAUUGAUGUCAUCCAAGAUGCCUGGUGGGUUCACCAUCACCGUCGCCAGAAAGUACUUACAGACCCGUUGGGGGUUGGCCUCUGGUAGACAGGACUCCGUGCUAUUGGUGUCUUUGACCAACGAGCCUGCUGCACGUUUGAACUCUGAGGCCGACGCUAAGCAAUUUUUGGACUCUAUGGCCCAAAAAUACGCCUCUAUGACUGGCCUCGACUUGUCUGCUGCUAACUCAGCCUCUGCCGGUGGCAGUGGCGGUGGUGCAGGUGGCGCCACCAUCGACGCGGCGGCUUUCGAGGAAUUGACCAAAGACCAAAAAGUCAUGGCGCGUCAGCAAUUGGAAGUACUUGCGCGUUACUUGAAGAUGGACUUGAACAAAGGUCAGAAGCAAUUCUUGGAACAGAAAGCCACUGCCGAGAGCUUGCAAUCUCAAUUGGACUAUAUAAACAACGAGCUUGGAGACUUCUUUGUCCAAGGUAUCUCCACGUCGUUUUCCAGAAAGAAGGCAAGAACUUUCGACUCCUCUUGGAACUGGGCCAAGCAAUCGCUACUCUCCCUAUACUUCGAGAUCAUUCACGGUGUGCUCAAGAAUGUUGACCGGGAAUUGGUCGCUGAGGCUAUCAACAUUAUGAACAGAUCCAAUGAAACUCUUAUUAAAUUCAUGGAAUACCACAUCUCACACACGCAGGAAGAAAAAGGUGAGAACUACAAGCUGGCCAAGGAUUUGGGUGAGCAAUUGAUUGAAAACUGUAAGCAAGUUUUAGAUCUUGACCCUGUUUACAAGGACAUCAGCAAGCCAACUGCUCCUCACACCGUCGUUGACCGAAAGGGUAACAUCAACUACGAAGAAAUUCCUCGUCCGUCUGUCAGAAAGCUUUCCCAAUACGUUGAGGAAAUGGCCUUGGGUGGUCCAUUGACCAAGGUUCAGCAACCAACUAUUCAAGAGGAUUUGACCCGUGUUUACCAAGCUAUCAACGCUCAAGCCGCCGAACACGACAUUUCCGAUUCUACUAAGAUCGAGUUCGAGAAAUUGUACGGUGAGCUAUUGAAAUUCUUGGAAUCCUCAAGCGAAAUUGACGCUUCCGCUUCUUCCAGGUUAACUGGCCAAAGAGAGGAUAAUCUGGACAACGAUGCCACCAAAGAGGUUGCUUCUUUGCCAACUAAGUCUACAAUCUCUAAAACAGUUUCAUCCACCAUUCCAAGAGAGACGGUUCCAUUCUUGCACCUAAAGAAGAAGCUUCCAAGCGGCGAAUGGGUCUACGAUCGUCCACUGUCCUCUCUAUUCUUGAAUGGCUUGGAGAAGGCUGCAAUCAACGGUGUGACAUUCAAAGACAAAUACGUUUUGAUCACCGGUGCUGGCCAGGGCUCCAUUGGUGCAGAGGUCUUGCAAGGCUUGAUUCAGGGUGGUGCUAAGGUUAUUGUCACUACAUCUCGUUUCUCCAAGAAAGUGACGGAUUUCUACCAAUCUAUUUAUGCCAAGUACGGUGCCAAGGAUUCGACCUUGGUUGUUGUUCCAUUCAACCAGGGUUCCAGACAGGAUGUUGAGGCGUUGAUCGAGUUUAUCUACGAUGACGAGAGUAAGGGUGGUCUAGGCUGGGACCUGGAUGCAAUUAUUCCAUUUGCUGCUAUUCCUGAGAAUGGUAUUGAGCUCGACGGCAUUGAUUCCAAGUCUGAGUUUGCUCAUAGAAUUAUGUUGACCAACAUUUUGAGAAUGCUCGGAUUUGUUAAGAAGCAAAAGUCUGCCCAAGGAAUUGAGACGAGACCAGCUCAAGUUAUUCUUCCUCUCUCGCCUAACCAUGGUACUUUCGGUGGCGACGGUAUGUACUCCGAAUCCAAGCUUUCGCUGGAGACCUUGUUCAACAGAUGGCAUUCUGAGUCGUGGUCUAACCAAUUGACAAUUUGUGGUGCUAUCAUUGGUUGGACAAGAGGUACAGGUUUGAUGUCUGCAAACAACAUCAUUGCCGAAGGAAUUGAGAAACUCGGUGUUCGUACCUUCUCUCAGAAGGAAAUGGCUUUCAACUUGCUCGGUUUGUUGAUUCCAGAAGUUGUUCAAUUAUGUCAAACCUCUCCAGUCAUGGCCGACUUGAACGGUGGUUUCCAAUUUUUGCCUGACUUGAAGGAGUUCACCGCCAAAUUGCGUCGCGACCUAACCAACACUUCUGAAGUGAGAAAGGCCGUGUCGAUUGAAACGGCUCUCGAGCACAAGAUCGUCAACGGUGCUAAUGCUGACGCCGGCUACGUCAACGUUGAAGUUCAGCCGAGAGCCAACAUCCAAUUGGACUUCCCAACCUUGAAGUCUUAUGAGGAUAUCAAAAAGAUUGCUCCAAAGGAAUUGGAGGGCAUGCUUGACUUGGAUAAGGUUAUUGUUGUUACCGGUUUCUCCGAAGUCAGUCCUUGGGGUUCCGCCAGAACCAGAUGGGAAAUGGAGGCCUAUGGCGAGUUCUCUCUCGAAGGUUGCGUCGAGAUGGCUUGGAUUAUGGGUUUGAUCAAAUACCACAACGGUAACUUGAAGGGUCGUCCAUACACUGGCUGGCUUGAUGCGAAGACGAGCGAGCCAGUGGAUGACAAGGACGUCAAGAGCAAGUACGAGUCUAAGAUUUUAGAACACUCUGGUAUCAGAUUGAUCGAGCCAGAGCUCUUCAAUGGAUACAACCCUGAGAAGAAGCAAAUGAUCCAAGAAGUCGUCAUCGAGGAGGACAUGGAAUCAUUUGAGGCGUCUAAGGAGACUGCCGAGCAAUUCAAGCUCGAGCAUGGAGACAAGGUCGACAUAUUUGAAAUUCCAGAAAGUGGUGAAUACACUAUUAAGUUGUUGAAGGGUGCGACUUUGUACAUUCCAAAGGCUUUGAAGUUCGACAGAUUGGUUGCUGGUCAAAUUCCAACUGGUUGGAAUGCCAAGACCUAUGGUAUCUCCGAGGACACCAUUUCACAAGUUGACCCAAUCACUUUAUUCGUCUUGGUUUCCGUUGUCGAAGCCUUCAUCUCUUCCGGUAUCACUGACCCUUACGAAAUGUACAAAUAUGUUCAUGUUUCUGAAGUCGGUAACUGUUCUGGUUCUGGUAUGGGAGGUGUUUCCGCGUUGCGUGGAAUGUUCAAAGACCGUUACAAGGAUCAACCUGUUCAAAACGACAUUUUGCAAGAGUCCUUUAUCAACACAAUGUCUGCUUGGGUUAACAUGUUGUUGAUAUCUUCUUCUGGUCCAAUCAAGACCCCUGUCGGUGCUUGUGCUACUGCCGUGGAGUCUUUGGAUAUCGGUGUCGAGACUUUGCUGUCCGGUAAAGCCAAGAUCUGUAUUGUGGGUGGUUACGACGACUUCCAAGAAGAAGGUUCUUACGAGUUCGGUAACAUGAACGCUACCUCGAACUCAUUGACCGAAUAUGAGCAUGGACGUACCCCAGCUGAAAUGUCCAGACCAACCACCACGAGCCGUAGUGGUUUCAUGGAGGCGCAAGGUGCUGGUAUUCAAGUGAUUAUGGGUGCCGAUCUUGCUUUGAAGAUGGGUGUACCGAUCUACGGUAUCUUGGCAAUGACUGCCACUGCGACUGACAAGAUCGGGAGAUCUGUUCCUGCUCCAGGUAAGGGUAUCUUGACCACCGCGAGAGAGCACCAAAGCAACUUGAAAUUUCCAACGCCAUUGUUGGAUAUCAAGUACAGAAAGCGUCAAUUGAAGAACCGUGAGUCUCAGAUCAAGCAAUGGGUUGAAGAUGAGUUAGAUCUCUUGCAAUAUGAAGCGCAAGAGAUUGCUGAACAAGACCAAUCCUCAUUUUAUGCUGAACGUACUGAGGAGAUUCAGCGUGAGGCUACUAGGCAAUUCAAGUUGGCUCAAUCUCAAUGGGGUAACGAUUUCUACAAAAACGACCCUCGUAUUGCUCCUUUGAGAGGUGCCUUGGCCACUUUUGGUCUAACCAUUGAUGACUUGGGUGUAGCCUCCUUCCACGGUACUUCCACAAAGGCCAACGACAAGAACGAAUCUGCUACCAUCAACAAGAUGAUGGAACACUUGGGCAGAUCCCAAGGUAACCCAGUGUUGGGUGUGUUCCAGAAAUACCUAACUGGUCAUCCAAAGGGUGCUGCUGGUGCCUGGAUGAUGAACGGUGCGUUACAAAUCCUGAACUCCGGUAUUGUUCCAGGUAACAGAAAUGCCGACAACAUUGACAAGGUCUUGGAACAGUUUGAAUACAUCUUGUAUCCAUCCAGAAGCAUCAAGACCGACGGUAUCAAGGCUGUCUCUGUAACUUCGUUCGGUUUCGGUCAGAAGGGUGCUCAAGCUAUUGCUGUCCACCCAGACUACUUGUAUGCUGCUCUUGACGAGUCUACUUACCAGGCCUAUGCCCAAAAGGUGAGCGCUAGAGCUAAGGCUGCCUACAAGUAUUUCCACAACGGUAUGAUCAACAACACAUUGUUCGUCGCCAAAGAGAACCCUCCAUACCCAGACGAAUUGGAACAGCCUGUUUACUUGGACCCACUCGUCAGAGUGACCCCUGACAGCAAGACCGGUGCCUUGGUUUACAACAAAAAGGCCCUUGACGCUUCUGCGACUUUUGUGUCUGAGACGAGCAGACAAACUUCCGAAGUUGUCAGCAAGCUAGCGCAGGAAGUCUCGUCUUCUAAGAACGUCGGAGUUGGUGUCGAUGUCGAGCUGAUCACCGCGGUGAACAUCAAGAAUGAGACCUUCAUCGAGCGCAACUUCACUGCUGCGGAGAUCGAGUACUGUGCGACACAGCCAAGUGCUCAAAGUUCUUUUGCCGGUGUCUGGUCUGCCAAAGAGGCGGUCUUCAAGUCUCUCGGUGUCAAGUCUCAAGGCGGCGGAGCCUCUUUGAAAGAGAUUGAAAUCGUUCGUGAACACGGCAAUGCUCCAAAGGUUGUUUUGCACGGUGCGGCCGCUACGGCCGCCUCUGCUGCUGGUGUCAAGGAAGUGACUGUGUCCAUCUCCCACGACGACUUCCAAUCUGUCGCCGUUGCUGUUUCUCAGAAAUGA